CACUCGCCUCCUUUGGUCGUCGCUGUUUCCGGAUACAUUAUCCAAAAGUAACUUCCUUAUCGCGCUCCUCCCAUAUUAUACGUUCCGUAUUGGCGCGUAUCGGAGCAUCGUAUACAUAUAUCCGAUUCGAUCGUGCGUGCGCACACACUCGGAGAGAGGAAGCUAUACACACAUUUUUGCCGCUUACAACCUCUACAACCGUUGCAGCGCGGAAACGGCCGCAGCCCGUAACACGAGGAACACGACGCGCGCAUCGCCGCACUACCGUUCCGUCCAGUGGUGUGUUUCAGAUCGCGUGAUAUAUAUGUCGGAGCUGUAGCGUUUUCCCGGAUAUAUACAAUAACAUGAAUAUUUUGAGGAACAUUUCGGCGGCCUUUUGGUCGCCAGAUAUUUGGUUACCACCUAAUAUCACAUGGAAAGACAUCAGUCCGAAUGCAGACAAUAAAUAUACCAAUUAUCAGCAUUUAAUAUAUCCUAUUUUCAUGGCAUUCGUUCUUCUAGGAAUAAGAUAUACUCUUGAAAGAUAUUGGUUUGCUCCCUUUGGAAGAUCCCUUGGCAUAAAAAAUACCAGAAGCAAAAGGGCGCAACCUAAUGAAAUGUUAGAGAAAGCAUAUCUCAGUAAGAAAACUAAGUAUAAGCAAAUUGUGGCAUUGGCUAAACAAUUAGAUUGGUCCGAAAGACAGGUGGAAAGAUGGCUUCGCCUACGUCGUUCCCAAGACAAACCAUCUACUCUGACAAAAUUCUGUGAAAGUUGUUGGAGAUGUUUUUAUUAUACAUAUUCCUUCCUGUAUGGCCUUAUUAUUCUAUGGGACAAACCUUGGCUUUGGGAUAUAAAGAAUUGUUACUAUAAUUAUCCAUAUCAUCCUGUUACCAAUGACAUAUGGUGGUACUACAUGAUAUCAAUGUCAUUUUAUUGGGCAUUGAGCUUUUCUCAAUUCUUUGAUGUGAGAAGGAAAGAUUUCUGGCAAAUGUUUAUCCAUCAUAUAGCCACAAUUUUACUUAUGUGUUUCUCGUGGGUCGGAAAUUUAACAAGGAUUGGAUCUCUAGUUCUACUGGUGCACGAUUGUGCAGAUAUAUUUUUGGAGGCAGCAAAAAUGGCCAAGUACGCAAAUUAUCAGAAAGUGUGUGAUUGUAUUUUUGCCAUAUUUACAUUUUUGUGGAUUGUGACACGUAUAGGCGUGUAUCCGUUUUGGAUUAUUUACAGCACAUCUAUAGAGGCGCCUAAGAUAGUACCAAUGUUCCCUGCGUACUAUAUAUUUAAUUCUCUAUUAAUUUUAUUGCUCGGUCUCCAUAUGAUUUGGACGUAUUUAAUUCUUAAGAUUGCGUAUCGUGCAUUCAAUGCUGGUCAGAUGGAAGGUGAUAUUCGCAGCAAUAGCAGCGACGAAGUAUCCGACACUUCAGUCAAUAAUACUCCCGUAAACAGUAACGCAAAUUAUGUUAACAAAUCAAAUUCAAAACCAGUAGCUCACUAACAGAAAACGCAUGCUAGAUGAGUUAUUAUUUUAGAAACUGUUCCUAAAGGCAGAGAAAAUUCAUUCGGACGUUUAAGCAGGUGCUAAUCUCUCUUCCUCCAAGUAAAACAAAACUUGUACACAACAAGUACAAGCAAUCUUAAUCUUUCAAUCCAAAAUGCUAAUUAAUAUGCUUAUAUAUAUAUAUACACACACACACAUACACACACACAUAUAUCUUCUAUAUAACCGCGAAAUUAAUACAUAUAAUUUUUUCUAUCUUUUCUCUCGAUCCUGUUUUUAUUUUGUUAAACAGAUUUUUAAAUCUUUGUCACAAAUAUGUCUGUAAUCCUGUCAGAUACCUGUGUUUAGGAAAAUAUUACACUUAGAGGACAACGAAAUCAAGUGGGAGUUAUUAUAUGUUAACUUAUAUAUAUAUAUAGGUACAUAUGUAAGUACUACUUUUUAUUUAAGAAAAUUACUAAGUAUUCAUUUCUUCGAACGAAUUCUUAAGGCUUAAGUUACAAUAAGAAUGGACCAAAGCUACAAGAUGUUCAGUAUCUGAACCUCAAUCGUCUCAAGUCCUGAUAUCGUAUAACUAUUUUGAAAGAACGUAUUUAUUUAUUUUCGUAUAUUUUACAUAAACAGUCAAUAAUCGAUUAAGUAAGGAUAAUUAAUUAAUAAUAAACUUUUACUAAUUAGUCAUAUAAAUAUUCACUUUUUAUUCCAUUUCUCUCUCUCUCUCUCUCUCUUUCUCUCUCUCACACACUUUUAAAAUGCGUAAAGUUCUCAACCAAAUACGUUCAUGUGUAUAAUCUAUAUAAAAAAAAAGUAUAAUCAGUUUAAAUGUAUUGCAAUGUAUUCCAACAGCAAAUGUAUUGCAACAGUUUUUGCAAAAUUGUGUCGCUUAGGUCGCUGUGUAGAGCAGCGUUUGCAUUUAUCAACUCAUAAUAAAUAUUGUGUAAAUUAUACGCUGUACUUAUGUGUAAAUUUUUAUGAGUAAUGAGAGAAUCAUUAUUCUUGCGCAAUACGCAUGUGUCCUCGUGUAUCUUCAAUAAAACGUUUCUGAUUCUUGGA